AUGGCUGAUCAUUCACGGGGCGGUCGCGGCGGAGGCCGCGGGGGAGACCGAGGCGGAGACCGAGGCCGUAGUGGAGAUCGUGGGCGCGGAGUGGAUCGUGGGCGCGGAGUGGAUCGUGGACGCGGAGGGGAUCGUGGGCGCGGGGGAGAUCGAGGUCGCGGCAGCGCCUUUGGGGGCGGCCGCGGUGGGUAUGGUGGUGACCGUGGAGGCCGGGGAAGUUACCGUGGAGAUCGUGGAGGAGGCAGCACGUAUGGCGACCGCGGCGGCGGUGGUGGAGGUGGCUACCGAGGCGAUCGUGGUGGUGGCGGCUUUCGAGGGCGUGGAGGCCGCGGCGGAUUCGCCCCUCGCGCCGAGCCGUUCGAAGGCGAGCCUCAUCGCGUCUUUGGGCAAGACCAGGCCAUCCCAGAACCUAGCGCCACAGUUACGGCUUUGGAAAACAAGCUCGUGGCCGCUUAUCAGUCUCAGGGCCUGAGCAUAAAGAUGAGCAAGCUCAAAAUGUCCGGUGAGGCUGAUUUGCUGUUCCCCCUCCGUCCUGCAUACGGAAACAAGGGAAACAAGGUGGUGCUCUGGGCGAACUACUUCGAGAUGGGCGUCAAGCCAAAGGUUGUGUACGCUUACAACCUCGAGGUACACAAAGUUCGCCCCAACAAGGGCGCUCAGCGGCAGGUCGAUCCGAAGACCAGGAUCAAAAACAAGGCACUGAAGACAGAUGUCUCGGGACGAAAGCUAGCCAUCAUCAUCCAGCUCGCUAUGGACAAGCUGCGCGAGGAGGAUCCGAAAGCGAUCCUCGCCACCGAGUUCAAGAGCAAGCUCAUUUCGCUUCACAAGCUCAAGUACAACGAUGAUUGCCUUGAGGUAACCUUCAAGGGUGAGAAUAGCCACAGGACCGAAAACUUCUUUGUCCGGAUCGUUGAUCCGAUCGAAGCCUCGUUCGACGCCACUCUGCAGGACGGCAAUGGCCGUGACUAUGAGGCGAAGAAAACAAUAUCGGGCCUUGCUGGAAUCAGCAGCUCGCAGAUUAACAGGGACGUUCUUAAAAGCGAGACUGUCAAGUUCAAGAAGAACUUCCAGUGGGGCGGACCCAAAGACGUAUGGUUCAAGAUGGAACUUCGCGAAGGCGAGACGACUGUGAUGGGCAACAGGCGUCCAGGCCUCUACACCGUUCAUGAAUACUCAAAGUGGAAGUACGGCAUUGACUUUGACGCGAAGCUUCCACUCGUCAACCUAGGACGACCCGACAAGCCGAUGUAUGUGCCCGCCGAGCGUUGUACCAUCAUUGAGGCACGGAAAGUUCGCAGCGCGCUGGGCCUGGAUGAGAACCCAACGCUCCAGCAAUUUGGCCUGACCAUCGACCGGCGCCUCCUGACGGUCUGGGGCCGCGAGCUUCAGUCUCCCUCGGUCCUUUACCUCAAAAACAAGGAGGUGAGGACGUUUGGCGGCGGAUGGAACAUGCGGGAUGUGCAAGUUGCCGAGGCAGGCCCCAAGAUCAUGAACUGGGCCUGGGUGCAGGUAACGGAGAGCGAGCGCUACACCGAUGCUGCAGAAGCGGUGGGCAGAUUUGCCGCCUUCCUAGCGAACACGGGUAUCCCCAUCGACACCGCCCCUCGCCGAGGUCUCCGGGUACGCACUUCGUCGUUCCGAUACCAGGACGACGUGGAGGCGGCGUUCAAGGAACUUGAGCAAAGGGCUGCCAAAGGGCCGCCGAACCUCUUCGUGCUCGUCAUCCUGCCCCGCCAGGACACGACUCUCUACAGUGUCAUCAAGACGCUGGGCGACUGCCAAUUUGGAUUCCACACCAUUUGCGCUGUGGAGAAGACGUUCACCAAGGAGAAUCCCAUGACGUUCGCCAACAUCGGUCUCAAGUGGAACCUCAAGAACGGCGGCAUCAACCACAGGGUCAAGGAUCCCAUCGGCAUCGUGGCCCAGGGCAAGACAAUGGUCGUCGGCUACGACGUCACACACCCCACCAACAUGGGUCUGCAGCCAGGCGAGAAGGACGUGCCGCCGAGCAUCGUCGGCCUCGUGGCCAGCGUUGACAAGGAUCUGGGACAGUGGCCGGCCGUGGCGUGGGAGCAGAAGGCGGGCCAGGAGAUGCUGGACAGCAAACUCCUGGAAAGCUUCAAGUCGCGGCUGGAGCUCUGGCGCAAGAAGAACCGGCAGUCGCUCCCCGAGUUCAUCGUCGUCUACCGCGAUGGCGUCUCAGAGGGUCAGUUCAGCCAGGUGCUCGAGCACGAACUGCCACAGAUGCGCGAAGCGUGCCGCGUCAUGUACCCGAACGGCCGCAUGCCCAAGCUCUCCAUCAUUGUGUCGGUCAAGCGGCACCAAACACGGUUCUACCCGACUCGCGAAGACCACAUGGAUGGCAAGUCGCGCAACAUUAAGAACGGCACGGUGGUGGACCGGGGCGUGACGCAGGCGCGGUACUGGGACUUCUUCCUGACGGCGCACACGGCGCUGAAGGGCACGGCGCGGCCGGCGCGGUACACGGUGCUGCUGGACGAGAUAUUCACAACCAACUACGGCAUGACGGAGCAGGCGGCCAAUCAGCUGGAAAAGUUCACGCACGAUCUGUGUUACCUCUUUGGGCGGGCCACCAAGGCCGUCAGCAUCUGCCCGCCGGCGUACUACGCGGACAUUGUGUGCGAACGGGCGCGGGUGCACAGGCCCGAGUAUUUUGACGUCUCGGACACCAUGUCGUCGUCGGUGCGCAGCGGCGGAGGCAUGUCGGCAGAUGACGGGGCCAAGGUGGUGCAUGCACGGCUCCAGGACACCAUGUACUACAUUUAG